AUGAUUAUUAACAACUCUCAUAGAUGUUUUCGAAUUCUUUUCAAUCAAUAUGCAAAGAAAAGAUAUUCCUUCAAAGUAUCAAAUUUUAUAAGAAAUUCAUCAUCGAUAACCUCACCGUUAAAUAAUAACGUUCAUGAAUUCAAAAAUACAAUCGUUCUUGAUCCACCUUCCUUUGUUCAAAAUGAACCUGGAAAACUUUUACCAAGCGCCUUUUCCGAAAAUCUUUCUCUUCUAUAUGCAUGUUUAAAGACUGGUGAUAUAGAGCGAGCAGAAAGAAUACUAAAUAUACUACACAAUUCUGGACCAAGGGAAAUGAAGCAUUACCUGGACAUAAGUGUUCAUAAUACAUUUAUCGAAGAAUUCAUAGAAUCAACUCCUACUCCAAGAUUAAAUCAAGCUUUAAUAUGGUUUGAUCGAUUGGAACGUUACGAUGUAAAACCAGAUUUAAAAACUUUUGCUAUAUUAGUUAAAGGUUACUUAAAGUUGGAUUUGGAUUUUGUUAGUUUCACAAUGCUCAAAGUUUUAAUUGAUGAAAUGGAACAGAAUGGUCACACUUUUGAGCAAUUAAUGAAUGCUCAAUUAUUGUCUGAAAAAGAUAUCAUCAAAGUUUUGCAGUUAUUAAAAUCAGAUCAAGAUAGAAUCAGUGAAUCAAAGGUACUCAUUGAAAAGGUCGAGGACGCGAUUGAUAAACAAGAAAUUCCUCAAAAAAUUGAAGAUGAUGUGGUAAAAUCAACAAAAUCAGAUCCUCCAAUUGGUGUAGAACUAUUAAGAAAUACUCUUUCCGCACUUCAACAUGAUAAUUUAAAUUUAUAUGAACAGCAAAUGAAAUUGGAAGAAAACGCAAUUCAAGCUGCUAUUGAACGUUGGAAACACGACACAGAUGCACUUCUUAAACACGACGAUAAAUUACUAUUAAAAAGAAACAGUCCACUGAAAAAAGUUAUGUGGGAGUGGCAUGAAAAAUUGGAACCAUUAAUUAAUGAAGAAAUAAAAAGAUGUAAAAAUCCAAAGAUUUUAGCUAAAGAUGUUGAUCGCAAACUCUACGGUCCGUUUCUUCAAUUAUUAAGUGCUGAUAAACUUUCAGCAAUAACGAUUUUAGAAUUUGUACGUAAUCAAAGUACUGGCGGUGUUAUUCAAGGAAUGAAAACUACUCGCCUGAUAAUAUCAAUUGGUAAAUCAAUCGAAAAUGAAUAUAAUGCUGAACAAAUGAAAAAGAGGAAAAAUAGAAUGAUGAUUCAAAAAAAAUUGAACGUUCAUGAACUUUAUUCAUCUGGAAAACUGUUUAAUAUGGCAGUUCGUAAAGUUACGGCGAAAAUUGAAAGAGAAAAUUCUAAUUCUGAGUGGCAACCUGAAUGGCCGACACCUGUUAAAGCAAAGAUCGGCUCACUUCUGGCAUCAAUGUUACUAGAUUGUGCAAAAUUAAAAGUCUUUGCACCUGAUGUUAAACUAGUUCAAGAAGUACCCGCUUUUUACCAUACAUAUGAAAUGCAAAAAGGAAAAAUAAUUGGAAUAAUUCAAUACAACCCUCAACUUGUAAAAUUCCUAUCAUCUAAUUCUGUAGUUGAAACUUUAACGCCUCGUUUGUUACCUAUGCUGGUUCAUCCUAUGCCAUGGUUAAAUUAUAAUAGUGGCGGUUAUUUAAUGUCACCAACUAUUGCAAUGCGAAUUAAAGAAUGUCCAGAACAAUUAGCCUAUUUAAAAAAGGCUUCAGAUGAAGAUUAUCUUGGUCGUGUAUUUGCAGGAUUAGAUGUACUUGGUUCAACCAAAUGGGCUAUUAAUAAAAAAGUAUAUGAAGUAGUUUUAGAAGUUUGGAAUAGUGGAAAAGCUAUUGCUGAUAUUCCUCCGUCCAAUUUAGAUUUAACAACUCCAGAAAAGCCAGAAGAUUUUCUUAUAAAUAUAGCCACAAGAAAAAAAUGGUAUCGUGAAUGUGAAGAAAUCCAAAACAAGAUUCAUUUUCGAGGUCGUGCAUAUCCAAUACCAACACAUUUAAAUCAUCUGGGUGAUGAUUUAUGUCGUGGUUUAUUGCUAUUUGAUGAAGCUAAACCGAUAGGUAAAUCUGGUCUUAAAUGGUUAAAGAUUCAGAUAGCCAAUUUAGCUGGACACGAUAAAGCUUCAUUUGAUGAACGAUUAAAAUUCACGGAAGAUAAACUAGAACUCAUAAUGGAUUCAGCAGACAAACCCCUUACGGGGAAAUGUUGGUGGCAAACAACAGAAGAUCCUUGGCAGUGUCUAUCAGCAUGUAUGGAAUUAACGAAUGCACUUCGAGCUAAAGAUCCAGAAACUUAUGUUUCAAGAAUUCCCAUUCAUCAGGAUGGGACAUGUAAUGGAUUACAACAUUAUGCGGCUUUGGGUGGUGAUUUAGAAGGUGCUAAACAAGUAAACUUGGAUCCGUCUGAUAAACCAUGUGAUAUUUACACAGGAAUUGCAGAAAAGGUUCAAAAGUUGAUAAAGAAAGAUAUAGAAAAUGGUAACAAAAAUGCCACAAUUUUAGAUGGCAAGAUAACACGUAAAGUUGUGAAACAAACUGUAAUGACAAGUGUUUACGGUGUGACGUUUGUUGGAGCUCGAUUACAAAUAGAAAAUCAGCUCAAAGAAAUCAAAGAACUUUCCCGACUUCCUACCACAGAAAUACGUGAAUUAUCAAAGUAUGUCACUCAUCACGUAUUUAGUUGUUUAGGAGAAAUGUUUCAUAAAGCUAGAUUAAUUCAAAAUUGGCUGAAUGAAAGUGCCAAAAGAAUAUCUAAAAGUGUUCCACCAAAUGUGGUGUUAAAUACAGAUGAAGAAACCAAACAAGAGAUAAAGGAAGAUCACAGAUCAAAAAUAAAACCUGGAAAAGAUCAAAUGACAGCAGUUGUAUGGACUACACCAUUAGAUUUGCCCAUUGUACAACCAUAUAGAAAAUUAGGAAGUAAAACAAUUAAAACAAAUCUUCAAAAUAUUAGUAUUGAAGAUCCUGAUGUUGCUAGUCCAGUAAACAGUCUUAAACAACGUGCAGCAUUUCCACCAAAUUUCAUCCAUUCACUUGAUGCAACACAUAUGUUAAUGACAUCGUUAGAAUGUAAAGAACAACAACUGACAUUUGCAUCAGUACAUGACAGUUAUUGGACUCAUGCUUGUGAUGUCGAAAGGAUGAAUUUAAUAAUUCGUGAUCAAUUUAUCAAGCUUCACGAACAACCUAUUAUGGAAAACCUUCGCAAAGAAUUUAUGGAAAGAUAUAAAGGCUAUAAGGUGCCUGUUAAAUUGCCUACAGAUAAAUAUUAUGAACUACUUCGUAAAAAAGUAGGAGAAAUCCCUUCACCAGCUGAUGAUGGAUACGAAACUAUUUUAAAUUUAGAAGAUAUCUUGGACAUUACUGAUAAUUUUCAAUUCGGAGAACCUACCGGACUUCUCAAAGAAUUUGACAAUAAAGAAUUGGCUGAAUUAUCAUCAGAAAAUAUUAAGGAUGCAUUUGCAGAAAUAUCUUAUGACUUGGAAAACGAUAUUGACGAUCCAUCAAAGCAUUUGGAAAGUGAAGAAACAUCAGAGAUUAUAAAUGACAAAAAACCAAAAUCAAAAUAUGUUUAUAAAUGGUUUGAUAUAGCAUUUCCAUCCUUACCUGAAAAAGGAAAUUUCGAUGUUAUUAAAGUGAAAGAAAGUAAAUAUUUCUUUGAUUAA